CCCUAGCCAACGCCAUUUUGUUUUUCGUUUCUUGCUGUGUGCGACUGAGGUGUGCUCUGUGCUCGCAAAAAUUUAUUUGAAAUUUAUACAUUCAAAAAUAGAUUGAAAACGUUUUGUCUUCUUUUUAUUCGUUGGAUUCAUCACGUCGGACAAAAUGUCGGAUCGAGAGAGGAGUCGUUCUAGGACUCGCAACGGGUCUCGAGAGCCGGCACCCAAGCCAGCCGCUAUGUCGCGGGGCCAUAGCCGAAGCCGGUCUAGGACGCCGCCCCCGCCAAAAGCAUCGAGCAGAAAAUAUAGGAGCCCGUCGCGGUCGCGGUCGGGGUCUGCGCGGCGCGGGUACCGCUCGCGGUACUCCCGCUCCCGCAGUCGCUCGUACUCGCCGCGGGGCUCCUAUCGCCGCUCCCACAGCCACAGCCCAAUGUCCUCGCGUCGCCGCCAUAUGGGUGACAGGGUGAGGAGCGAUGUUUAUGAAAAUCCCACGCCGUCUAGAUGUCUCGGCGUGUUCGGACUGAGUCUGUACACUACAGAACAGCAGAUCAACCACAUCUUCUCUAAAUACGGACCCGUCGACAAAGUACAAGUUGUCAUUGAUGCUAAGACCGGACGUUCUCGUGGCUUUUGCUUCGUGUAUUUCGAGAACCAAGAGGACGCCAAAGUUGCAAAGAACGAGUGCACGGGUAUGGAGAUUGAUGGACGCCGCAUCCGCGUCGACUACUCCAUCACGCAGCGUGCACACACGCCCACACCUGGCAUCUACAUGGGGAAACCUACUGUGAGCAGAGGCGGGGACAACGGCUACGACAGACGUCGCGACAGAGAUGACUACUACUACCGCGGAGGCGGCUACCGCGAGCGCGACUACUACCACCGCGGCUACAGGCACCGGUCGCCGUCGCCGCACUACCGCCGCCGGCGCUACGAGCGGGAACGCUCCUACUCGCCGCGUAAGUCCUAUUACCACCAAGAGCGAUAGGCUUCCACUCCUAACCCAGCCCCAUUCUAGCUAACCACUCACCAUAAAAUCUCCUUACAAUCUUAUUUACUCAUAAACAUAAUUUCACAAUUUAUCCAGUGGCAUACUAUUUCCAAACAAAAUGUGUAAGCAAGGUAAUUUGUAAGCCAACAGAAUCCAAACCAUUACGAUGUAAAAUCAUAGAUCAACUUACAAGACUGCUAGAAACAUGUCACACACUCUUGAACAGUGGAGAUAAACUUUUUUCAUAAAACACUAGUAGUGAAUUAGUUUAUGGCAAAAAAACAAACAUCUCAUGCCCUCGUUACUGUCAAUAUAAUGAAGUAUUCUACUAGUUCCUCUGGUUCCUGAACCUCUUUUAUUCUACUCCUACCUGAACCAUUUAUUCAUUGUCGAGUGACGAUUGUGUGCAGGAUUAAAUACUUUCACGAGAUGUGGUUUACCCCCCCUACUGUUCCAGACGGUUAACUUGAUACAUAACCAGAUAUUUUUUCUAUUUUGAGUUAUUUUCUAUGUGUGAAUUAGGACAUUUUAUGGUAGUGGUGAACUAAUUUGUCGGGUUCCAACAUACAGGGCUACUUUAACUCUGUAGACAGUACUAGCAACAACAAAGGCUGGUUGAAUUGUAGUCAUUCUCUGUGGUGGUGGGCUGACAGUAAUUACAAAAUUGUAAUAAAAGAUAUUGGUGUGCAUACAAAUUGAUGUAGUUAAUGAAAUUCACGAUGUGAAGUUUUUACUAUUCUCUUUCACAACUCGAACCAGUGUUGAUAAAUUUUUGAGUGUGAGCACUGAUAUUGUGAAAGCAAGUCCCCAAGUGGUGAGACCAAUGCUUAAACUUACAAGUUUGCAAAUAGCGUGCCAUACGCAACAAUUGUGUAAAUUCGAUAGCAAUAUGUGUAACAGCUUCUAUUGGCUGUGUAGAGUCAAUUAUACUAUGUAAAUAGUGAAAUUAGAUAGAUUAAUUUAAAUUGGAUGAAAGGAGUGUACAUCAAAGUUUUACACAAUUCACCCUAAAUACUUUAACAGAAGAUAGUCAAUUUGUUAGUUUUAGUAGCCCUGUUAACUUGCUAAUUGUGCAAAUACUUUAUAGCCCCUUAUGUGAGAAUUUUGUAUGACUAUUGAAGCUCAAGCUUUAUUGUACAAAUAUUGUAUAAUAUAUAUUUUUUUGUUUUAUUUUUGACACAAGUCAUUAUUCGUUCUUUUGUUAUUAUAGGUUAUCUUGAGUCAGUGCACUCAGUUUCUAUUCAUUAUAAUUUCAAUAGACUAAUUAUUUGAAAUACAUUUUCAUGUGUAAGGGUGAAACCUUAACAAAAACAAUGAGCAAUUGUACUUAUUCAAAGAUACCUUUUUCAUAUACCAAAGAGUGGGCAAACAUUGCUCUUCCAUAUAUAAAUUGGUAAAUAACUCCAAAACUUCUGUAUAUAAUGUUUGUGAUUGUAUGAAGUGGGGUCUGUCUUUGAAUCUUUGUUUUUCUUUUAGUUUAUUUAGGAAUAAGUUUUUAAUGUCUGAUAUAUUAGUUUUCUAUCAAUUUAUUCUCUUGGCAUUCGGCUCGGUUCAUGAGUUCUGAAUCAUUUACUGUAUAAUCCAUGCGUGUCCGCAAUUAUGAUGUAACGGCAAUUACACGACGUCGCGCCGCAGCCAGCUCGGCACUGGCUCGACAGUAAAUCGUUAUUUUCAGUUUAUUACUAUUGCUAUAAUGCUGAGUUACAUUGUUAUCGCGCACUCAUUGCUCGAUAUAUUUUACACUAGGUACUGUAACAAACAUUGUAAUAUCCACUAGUCAUUUGUGGAGCAUGGAAUAAAUUGAUAGAAACAUUGCCACUUGACACGUAGCACCAUAAUAAAUGUCUGGUUUAACACAUAGUUACUCCCCUCUUUGACUUUGCAGGUCGUUAUUAGUAAGUUCGUGAUGCUGAGUUCAACUUCAGACAUAGCAUAGCAUUUUAUACCACAACAGAUCCCAACUAUGUGUCGACCGGCUUCUAUGCAUUUAUAGUGUACUGUACCGGCCGGUAGUGCUAGCCGUAUUGUUAACGUUUGUAUACAUUCUGUAACAGGCGGGCCGCAGCCGAGCGUGCGCCGGCCGCGCGGCCCCAAGAGAGAAGCUCCUUUGUGUUAAUUAUAAUGUGAUGAAAGGGUCUAGACUAAGUUAGCGUGUAACGCCCGCGCGGGCAUAGUUGCCUCUAGGAUGUAAAACUAGCUCUAAUAAAGAUUUAACACUAAGUCUAAUAUUGAUUUUGUUUGUUUGAAAAGGUAUUGAAACAAGAAGUAAAGGAUGAAGUUCCUUGAAACUAACUGUGUUGAAGUUUUGAAAAUGUUUGAUUGAAAAGUCCUUUCGAAAUGGCGCUCGCCGGAACCGGGACCGGCAGCCGGCCGCCGGGCGUCCGUCCGUGACGUGUCGCAGCCAACGGCACCGGCUUGUCGAAGCGAAAAGAAUAUGAUCGAGUUAGCCGCUAAGUAGGAAGCCCAAGCUUUGCGAAGACAUAGAAGAGAGAAGUCGCGCGCGCAUAGAUCAUAUUCUUUAUCUUCCGACUACCGUAUAUACAUUCUAACGUUGUGGCGACGUGACCUCGCAUUUCUCGUGUUGCUAGUUACAUAUGUAUUAUUAUGUAUUCGGUUGUAUCGAGUCUGGCAUCUCACGAUAUUAGCGUAGCGUUGUUGUACGACUUGUUAAUAAAACAAUAGAUGUAACGUCA